UUCUGCCCUCGCAGGGGGGAUGCUGCCCUGGUCGAUGUCACCACAGCUCUGGAGACAGAGUCUGCCAACGGAAAGGACCCCCUGGAGGCUGCCGGGGACAAUUCCGAAGUGAUGGAUGCCCAGGCAGGGUCGGUGGAUGAAGAGAACGGGCGGCAGCUGGGGGAGAUAGAGCUGCAGUGUGGGAUCUGCACCAAGUGGUUCACAGCUGACACCUUCGGCAUCGACACCACGUCGUGUCUGCCCUUCAUGACCAACUACAGCUUCCAUUGCAACGUUUGCCAUCACAGCGGGAACACGUAUUUCUUAAGAAAACAAGCAAAUCUCAAGGAAAUGUGCCUUAGUGCUCUGGCCAACUUGACGUGGCAGUCGAGGACACAAGACGAGCACCCGAAAACUAUGUUCUCAAAAGACAAGGAUAUUAUCCCAUUUAUUGAUAAAUACUGGGAGUGUAUGACAACGCGACAGAGACCUGGGAAAAUGACUUGGCCUAAUAAUAUUGUGAAAACCAUGUGUAAAGAGAGAGAUGUGUUCUUGGUGAAGGAGCAUCCGGACCCAGGGAGUAAAGACCCAGAAGAAGAUUACCCCAAGUUUGGGCUUCUAGACCAAGAUCUUGCCAACAUUGGUCCUGCAUAUGACAACCAGAAACAGAACAACGCUGUGUCCACCAGCGGAAGCUUAAAUGGUGGAGCCUCUUUGGGAGGGGGAAUUGCUGCUGGUGGCAGUGGGAAGGGACGCGGAGCCAAGCGCAAGCAGCAGGACGGAGGGACCACGGGCACAGCCAAGAAAACCAGGAGUGACCCGCUGUUCUCCGCUCAGCGCUUACCCCCCCACGGAUACCCCCUGGAGCAUCCCUUUAACAAAGAUGGGUAUCGCUACAUCCUGGCCGAGCCUGACCCCCACGCGCCCGACCCCGAGAAACUGGAGCUGGACUGUUGGGCAGGAAAACCUAUUCCUGGGGACCUCUACAGAGCCUGCCUGUAUGAACGGGUCCUCCUGGCGCUGCACGACCGAGCUCCUCAGCUGAAGAUUUCUGAUGACAGACUGACUGUGAUCGGGGAGAAGGGCUACUCAAUGGUCCGAGCCUCGCACGGAGUGCGGAAAGGAGCCUGGUACUUCGAAAUAUCCAUGGAUGAGAUGCCUCCGGACACAGCUGCCAGACUGGGCUGGUCACAGCCACUAGGGAACCUCCAGGCACCUCUGGGAUACGACAAGUUCAGUUACUCCUGGCGCAGCAAAAAGGGAACCAAGUUUCACCAGUCGAUAGGGAAACACUAUUCGUCCGGGUACGGGCAGGGGGACGUUCUGGGCUUCUACAUCAGCCUUCCAGAAGAUACUGAGACAGCCAAAUCUCUGCCCGACACUUACAAAGACAAGGCUCUGAUCAAAUUCAAAAGCUACUUGUACUUUGAGGAGAAGGACUUUGUGGACAAAGCAGAGAAGAGCCUGAAGCAAGCACCCGGCAGCCAGAUAAUAUUCUUCAAGAAUGGUGCCAGCCAAGGAGUUGCCUUUAAAGACAUCUUUGAAGGAGUUUAUUUUCCUGCUAUUUCUUUGUACAAAGGCUGCACGGUUUCUAUAAACUUUGGGCCGUAUUUCAAGUAUCCACCCAGAGAUAUCACUUACCGUCCGAUGAGCGACAUGGGCUGGGGAGCGGUGGUGGAGCACACGCUGGCUGAUGUCCUCUACCACGUGGAGACAGAGGUGGACGGGAGGCGAAGCCCCCCCUGGGAGCCGUAAGCGCCGCGGGCGGCGCAGGCUGGAGGAGGAGGACACUGUGGGUACCCAGGCCCGGGGGGUUAUUCCAGAGGAACACACAUCCCUUGGAACAAGCAGCCAACGAGCACCCAAGCUGAAGCCAAGGCAGGUCUUUGGCAGGAUUUGUGUCUAUUUGUCACCCGCCGGCGUCGCGGUGUCCCAGUGUGUGUCGUGCUGGUUGGGGGCAUCUCCAGGAGCCUCCAGUGACUCCCAGUGUGGCUGGAGAAGCACGUGUGGUGUGGAGGUCACUUCUCCUGUGCUGUACCCAGGUUGUGUCAGCGACAGGGGCUGUAGCUGGGUGUCCCACUGUCCCUACACUGGCAGAAGCAACACUGACACUCGUGCUGUGCCUGACUGUCCCCUGCAGCCCCCGGCCAGAGGGAGGGUGUGACAAGACUACUGCAUGUGAGACUCAAACUUGAGCUUCUGGCCAAACUGUAUUAUUAUUUUUUUUUUUUUCCCCACAAACUGGAAACCAGUUUAAAAAUAAAGGCUUUUACUCUUA